UCCCCACCCUCAAGCGGUUGUUCCCCUUUGCUAAACCUUCCACACCCCUCUCCUCCCUUCCUGCUUGUACUCUUCCCCGUGAGAAAUUCGCUCCAAAAUUCGAGCUUGAAGAUAAACCGAAUCCAGUCUCUGCAAGGAGGAGCCCGGAGCCAAAGAUGAAGAUCGUUCCGGUCGCUUGCUUGGAGGACAACUAUGCUUACCUGAUUAUUGACGAGAUCACCAAGGCGGCGGCGGCAGUUGACCCGGUGGAGCCGGAGAAGGUGCUGGCGGCGGCCAGCGAGGUCGGCGCCUACAUCGACUGCGUCCUCACUACCCACCACCACUGGGAUCAUGCUGGUGGCAAUGAGAAGAUGAGACUGUUGGUGCCAGGGAUUAAGGUGUAUGGGGGAUCCUUGGACAAUGUGAAAGGCUGCACUGAUCAAGUGGAGAAUGGAACCAAGUUGUCAGUAGGAAAGGAAAUUGAGAUACUUUGCCUGCAUACCCCAUGUCAUACAAAAGGUCAUAUUAGCUACUACGUUUCUACUAAAGAGGAAGACCCAGCAGUAUUUACUGGAGACACCUUGUUCAUUGCUGGUUGUGGGAGGUUUUUUGAGGGUACCGCAGAGCAAAUGUAUCAGUCCCUUUGUGUUACACUGGGCUCGCUGCCUAAGUCAACUCGCGUUUACUGUGGCCAUGAGUACACCGUAAAGAACCUGCAAUUCAUACUGACAGUCGAGCCAGAGAACGAAAAGACAAAGCAGAAACUGGAAUGGGCUCAAAAGCAGCGUGAAGCAAAUCAGCCAACAGUUCCCUCAACUAUAGGAGAUGAGUUUGAGAUAAACACCUUCAUGCGUGUUGAUCUGCCCGAAAUACAGGCAAAAUUUGGCGCCAAGUCACCAGUUGAAGCGCUGAGGACGGUCAGGAAUACUAAGGAUACCUGGAAAGGUUGAUAAACACAGCUACUACCCAUGCCUGUAGGUGGGAUUCACUGCCGUGCAAUGCUCUGAGAGUGGUAACAAAUAAGAAGUGUUAUAUCAAGUAUGUGCUAGUAUGAAUCUAAUAAGCAAGUUUUUCAUUUCAAAGAACACAAAGGGAAAGGGGUUCAAUAUGGUAAUAUGCUUCGGUGCUGUAGCAAUCAGACAUCAACAUGUGUGUCAUGCUAAUAGUUAUGUUCUUUUCUCGGCAAAACAAAAAUUAUGUUGGUCUA